UCGCUUUGACACAAGUGAACACACCCAUUUUUUCCCAGUUCUUGACACGAUUCACGGAUCUUAAAAGAUGACUUCUUCUCACUGGUAGUCUGACACGCUCAUGCACCAUUCGCGAUGUCUCAGUCCGGCUUUUCCUGAAUGAAAUCAUGGGCGACAGGCGCGACAGAUGCGCCGUGACGCGCAGGCGGAGAACCUUGACAAUCUGCGGGGAAGCCGCAGCGGCCGGCGCGAGCUCGAGACGUGCAGGCAGGAGCGACCCGAGCGGCGCUGAUACACACCGCAAUACCACCGCCAACUGCGAGCAGGUGCACGAGAAGUCCAAGGGCAAAGAUGAUGGCCUUAAGGACAGGAUCAGCUGCCAUCGGCUCCAGGAGUCACUGCUCAGCUCAGAGAGCGGCUACAGCAACUACAGAGGAAUCCUCAACUGGUGUGUGGUCAUGCUGGUUUUGUCCAAUGCACGCCUUUUCCUGGAGAACCUCAUAAAAUAUGGCAUACUGGUGGACCCCAUCCAGGUCGUCUCCCUUUUUUUAAAGGACCCAUACAGCUGGCCUGCUGCAUGCCUUAUCAUUGUGUCUAACGUGUUUAUCAUGGCAGCUCUGUACACGGAAAGACAGCUGGCUAUGGGCAGAAUCUCAGAGAGCACUGGGACUUUCCUCUACUGCAUCAAUCUCAUCGCUGUUUUGUGUUUUCCAUCCUCCACCGUCCUCACGCUGACCUCUAUGACCCCAGUGGGUGGAAUCUUUGCACUAUUAGUAUACACAGUCCUGUUCCUGAAGCUCUACUCCUACAGGGAUUUUAAUAAAUGGUGCCGGGAGAUCAGACACGUCCAAGCCCGAAAACUGUCUCGCUCCAACUCUUGUCCGUCUGUGCAGAGAGCCAAUGGGAAUGCAGCACACAGUCACGUGACCUACCCGGGCAAUCUCACCCAUAGAGAUAUGUAUUAUUUCAUUUUUGCCCCAACGCUGUGCUACGAGCUGAACUUCCCUCGAUCCCCACGAAUACGGAAGCGCUUCCUGCUCAGGAGACUUUUUGAAAUGCUCUUUUUGAUGCAGUUACAAGUCGGCUUGAUACAGCAGUGGAUGGUGCCAACUAUCCAGAACUCCAUGAAGCCUUUUCAGGACAUGGAUUUGUCCAGGAUGGUGGAGCGUCUCCUGAAGCUUGCUGUCCCUAAUCAUUUAAUAUGGCUUAUCUUUUUUUACUGGUUAUUCCACUCCUCCAUGAACUUUGUUGCAGAACUGAUGCAGUUUGGAGACCGAGAGUUCUACCGAGACUGGUGGAACUCAGAAACAGUGCCAUAUUUCUGGUCAAACUGGAACAUCCCUGUCCAUAAAUGGUGCCUGCGGCACUUUUAUAAGCCCAUGUUGAGAAGAGGUGUGAACAAGCUGACAGCUCAGAUCGCUGUGUUCUUUCUCUCCGCCUUCUUUCAUGAGUACCUGGUGAGUGUGCCGCUGAAGAUGUUCCGACUUUGGGCGUUCAUGGGAAUGAUGGCUCAGGUUCCGCUCGCCAUGUUUGUGGGACGCUUCCUGAGAGGUAACUAUGGCAACGCGGCGGUCUGGAUCUCUCUGAUCAUCGGGCAGCCCAUCGCUGUGCUCAUGUACGUCCACGAUUACUAUGUACUUCAUUAUGGAAGUGCAACAGAGGGCGGAACUUCACCAUGAUAAACAAUAUGUUGAAUUUAAAAAAAAAAAAAAAAACGACUUCAGAUGUAUUAGAAUGAACGAUUUUGAAGGACAAGUGGAAGAACAGUGCUUACAUCAUCACCACAAAGAGGGAAAUCCUCUGCUAUUGCACUUUAAGGGCAGAGAGACAGACAGGGAAGGAGAGAGACAGGGAGGGGGAGAGAGAGAGAGACCGACAGAGGGAGCGAGAGAGACCGAGGGACAGAGUUAGAGAGUGAGAGAGGAAGAGAGCGAGAGAGAGACAGAGGGAGGGAGCGAGAGAGAGACAGGGAUGGAGAGUCAGAGAAAGAGCGAGAGACAGAAAGAGGAAGCGAGAGAGAGAGAGAGACAGAGGGAGGGAGAGAGCAAGAGUCAGAGAGUGAGAGAGAGACAGGGAGAGUGAGAGACAAAGAGAAAGAGAGACAGAGAGACUGCCCAGCCAAAGUAUCAGCAUUAAAUUGCCAUGAAACACACACCCUGAUGACAACAGUGAGCUUACACCACAAACACAUGGCCAUUUUCUCUCUCUUAUUUGAUGAACAUUUUAUGAACAUUUUAUGAACAUUAUCUGCACUUUGUAACUGUUUAAGUCAGUUUGUUUUUAUAGUUUUGCUUCCUUUACAUAGUAAAGCCGUUUAGGUUUUUGCACUUUAUCAAUAAUGCAGUUUCUUGAGCCUUUCAUCAGUAAUUAUUAUUAAGUAAAAUCAAUCAGUCCUUUAUAUAAAUUAAUUACAAUUCACAUGAAUGUUUUAUGUUAAUGUAAAAAUGGUCGAUGCUUGGAAACGUACGUUAGUCAUUUUAACUUAAGUUCCAAUUUAAUGAAUGUUUUCUGUUGUACUUUUAAGACACUGGACCAGAUUUGAGCUACUUUCAACUCCUUUAUACCCAAAGAUAUCAGUUCGUGAAUCAAUCCGACUUUGUAAGAUUUAUGACUUUAAUAGACUUUAAUGGCUGAAACAUUAUAAAAAUCAGUGUUUUUAUUCCA